AUGAACCAACAUCAAGCUGACUCUAGUUCUGGCUAUGUACCUCAGAAUAUUCAAGCUCCAAACCAGUUUCAACAGUACCAGCCUGGAAACCGGGCUGUUCCAGGAACCCCUUACGGAAGAACCCCACCUCAGAAUCGACAGCUUUUCCAACCGGGCCCCUAUGGUGGACAAGGUCGUGGAAGGCAAUCUGGUGCGACUCCAGAGGAGAUUGCCAAUCAAAGCUCCUACCUUGUGAAGUUGUUGCAAGACCAUGUUUCAGCCGUGGGUAUGGAUGCUGAAGAAGAGGCCGAAAAGGAAACCUUCAGAGCGGUAGUUGAAAAUGCAUGCCGAGAUGCUAUAAUUCGAUAUGAACGAGAGGAGCUAGGCAAUUCGAACUUUGACGCAUCAUCUGUGGAACUAAAGUGUUUUGGUAGUAUGAGCUCAGGCUUUGCUACAAAAGCAUCGGAUAUGGACCUUGCACUUCUGACACCAUUGUCGAAGCCUGCGGCUGAUUCUCCAGAAUCUCCCAUACCGCGUUUACUUGAAAGAACGCUACUAGACUUGGGAUAUGGGGCUCGAUUACUUACGAGAACACGAGUCCCUAUUAUCAAGCUAUGUCAGAAACCCACUGAGAAGCUAUUAUCGGACCUGCUUGAAGCGCGUGCGAAAUGGGAGAAUGGCUUCAAUGCAGAGCCAGAGGAUGAAGAUGAAGAAGCUGCUGAUGACGAGCCCAAAACCUCCGAUGAUCAUGAAGGGUUACAGAAGGAGAAGGUGAAAGUCAUGGAAAGCCCAGCGCCCUCUCCUGCAGAGACUACAUGCUGCAAGCCAGGAUCCCGUGAGGAUGAAAUUUCCAAGUUGAAGCAGAAAGACAAUCAGUCCCUCGGAGAUUACUUCAACGCGGCGAAGCGUCUGCUGCGAAGGCUUGGUGGUCGAGAUGUAUCCGUGGGCUCGCCGAACUUUACUGAAGAGGAGUCCAGCCUGCUUAACGAUGUCUGUAGAGCCUUCAUAUCUGGUCUUUUAUACGAACCAUUGAUAGCGCGGCUGCGCACAUAUCAAACGAUAUCUCCGCUAUUUGACCCAUCACUGCCUCCUAUUCAACGAUCGCUCAACGGAGUCUGGACUCAAAUCGAAGGAGAGCGAUUUGCUAUGGCCUUUGAAAACCGUUCUCUUACAGAAGCAAAUGAACGCCAUGAGGAUGUAUGUCUGAAACUGGUCGAAGCGUGGCGAUCAAUACAAGACAAUGCCGGAGUCAUUACGGAGCCAGUGUUAUACAACAGGCAACUAUACGUUGCGGCCGAGAAGCUGAAGGCUAUGAGCUCCUUACAGCUGAUGUUUCUCGAGCAGAUUCAAUAUGAAGACCCCGUGUUCUACCAUAGGCGAGCACAGAGGAUAUUGGAUGACCUUAAGGGUGAAGAUUUGCAGAAGUCAGAAACUGUCACUGCCAUCGUGAUCUCCCACUACAUCUCUGGAAUUAACAACCCCCAAAUCCGAGAAACAAUGCAGAAUGCAAUGCAGACUUCGUCAUACAAUACGCGCACCCUUAAGGAUGUAGCCUUCCGGCACCGAAUUUUGCAGCUUGCGAUUGAUUAUGAACACGCUUUGAAGAAGGAGGUAUACCAGCAUACCGACCGGUCGACAGUUGAGCAGUAUAUCGACUUCCUCCGAAACAAGGUUCACGAAGACAAAAUCGAGCCCAAUCUGUUGGCCAAGAUACGUGCGCUUCCCGAUCCAACGGUUAUGUCUCCGAAUAAACCUCGAGACCGAUACAGAGAUCAGCUUGAAUUCCCGAAGACCGACGUCGGCAUCCAAUGUGACAUCAAUUUUUCGGCGCAUCUUGCCUUGCACAAUACCUUACUUCUCCGCUGCUAUUCCAAUACCGACCCACGAGUGAAGCCCAUGAUUCUCUUCAUCAAACACUGGGCGAAAGUCCGCGGAAUCAAUACCCCUUAUCGAGGUACAUUAAGCAGCUAUGGAUACGUCCUCAUGGUUCUCCAUUACCUUGUAAAUGUUGCACAGCCCUUUGUAUGUCCUAACCUUCAACUUCUGCACCGAGAUCCACCAUCGUAUCUACCACCGGCCGAAAUCGAGGCGCGGACAACAUGCAAUGGCCGGGACGUACGGUUUUGGCGAAACGAAUCUGAGAUCAGAAAUCUAUCAAGCCGCGGAAUGUUGAAUCAUAAUCAUGAUUCGAUUGGCGUGCUUCUCAGAGGAUUCUUCGAAUAUUUCGCGCAAGGAGGGCAGAUGACAACCGUGCGAGGCAGGGGUUUUGAUUGGGGAAGAGAGGUUCUCAGUCUAAGGACAGAAGGGGGUAUCGUCUCGAAGCAAGAAAAGGGAUGGGUUGGUGCGAAGACAGUAGUCGAGACUACUACUAUUGCUGCACCAUCAGUGCCGCCAACACCCGGGCGUUCAAAGGAUCAGAAUGAUGCGCAAUACAAUCCUGAUCCUGACGAAGAAGGAGUGGCCAAACCUACGAAACACCAAGUAAAGACGAUUGAGGAGACUAAAGAAGUCCGUCACCGCUAUCUUUUCGCAAUCGAAGACCCCUUCGAGCUGGACCACAAUGUCGCUAGAACAGUCACGCAUAAUGGGAUUGUGGCUAUCAGGGAUGAAUUUCGGCGUGCAUGGCGUCUUAUCAAAAGUAUUGGGAGGCCAGGUCAGACCGAGGGAUUACUGGAUCCGGUCAACAGUGGAAAGGAGAACCAAGGUGGUUUACAGGAGUUGCUUGACUUGAUUCAUGGGAAACAGGGAACUGAUGACACGGCAUUUAGAUAG